AUUGUACCCACUACACGACCGACCAAACAGUUUUUUUUCGGUUUUACACUUUUACGUCUUUAUAAGUUUACUUACACUUUUCAUUUCACUACGCGUUAUCAGUACCGGUCUGGUUGGACCACGUAAAUAUUCCCGCGGCGUCAGAUCGGAAUAAUAGAUGGGAUUUUGUGUGGAAACAAAAAUUAUUAUGCAAUUUUCAUGUUCCAAUCGAGCGUUUUAAAUAUUAUUAUUAUUCUAAAGGCAUCACACUCCCCAUUACUUUUGUUUUCGUUAACUUGUUCUGGAAAUUUUCAGGAUUUCUACAGACAAUAGUAGAUAUUAUUGAUAAUGCUCUUGCUGUUAAUUCUUCCAUUUUUUCAAUUAUUACAUGGUUUGGAUGUUUCUAAAUUUGUCCCAAAAGCUUCUGCUGAUAUUUCACCUUGCAAAAGUUGUAAAAUAUUAGUUCAAUCUUUUGAAAAGGGACUCGAGAGAACUAAAAAUGGUCACUUUGGUGGUGGAAACACAGCAUGGGAGGAGAAAAAUCUAUUAACUUAUUCAAAAAGUGAAGUAAGAUUUGUGGAAAUUCAUGAUUCAUUGUGCACUGAAAUAUCUCAAGAUCAAGAUAUGUGUUUUCAUUUAUCAAGUGAACAUGAACACCUUUUAAAAGAAUGGUGGACAGAUGGCCGUCAAGAAGAUUUAUACCAAUGGUUUUGUGUUAACAAAUUAAAAGUGUGUUGCCCACCAAAACAUUAUGGUCCUGAUUGUUUACCAUGCAUAGGUUAUCCAAAUGUUUGUAAUUCUCAUGGAACUUGUAAGGGUGAUGGAACUCGAAAAGGCAAUGGGUUAUGCAAAUGUAAAAAUGGUUACGAAGGUACCAACUGUGAUCAUUGUGCAAAUAAUUAUUUUAUCAUAAUGAAAAAUAAUACUUUCACUUGUGAAAAGUGCCAUAAAUCUUGUAAAGACAGCUGUAAAAGUUCCGGGCCAAAAGGUUGUAAUGAAUGUAAAGAUGGAUGGGUGUACAUGGGUGAAGGAGAAGGUUGUGUUGAUGUUGAUGAAUGUUUGGAACAAGAUGUUUGUACUUCACAACAAUUUUGUGUUAAUAAUGAUGGCUCGUACUCUUGUUUAAAUUGUGAUCCAUCAUGUACAGAUUGUUAUGGUGACGGAAAUGAUAUGUGCUAUAAUUGUGCUGCGGGAUAUAUCAUGAAAGAUAAAAAAUGCAUAGUGGACACCAAAUGGAAGAGCUCUGAUCAAUCUCGUUAUCUAACAUAUGGGGGUCUAGGAAUAGCAACAAUAAUUAUUUUCAGAAUGAAUACAACCAUUGCAAGUAUUGUUGGAGCAUUCAUAGCAAUUUACAUUAUGAUUGCUGAAUAUAUAAUGAAUGAACUAUAUAAAUAAGAAUAUAGAGAUACAUUUAUUUUAUUUUCUUCCAUUACCUGUAUUAAAAAUGAUAUAAUUAGUAGUUCUCAAUAUCUGGUCUAUCCUUACUCAACUAAAAAAUAAUUGUUUCAGCAUUGUAAUAUUGUAGUUUA